AUGCACUUUGCUGAGGAGUUGAACUAUAACUUGCCAACAGCUGAAGGAGCGUUGAGCAUGGCGGAGACCGUCCCCCCUAAGUCGGCUAAGAAACCCCGCUGGACCUCCCUGGAGAUCGGCCUGCUCACCAUGGUCUCCCUCCUCUUCAUCGUCAUAGUGACCCUCAUCGUCCUCUUCGCCACACAGCGGACUGACAGCAAUGGUGUCUGCACCACGGCGGACUGCACUCAGUCAGCGUCUCGUCUGAUAGAGAACAUGGAUGCCAAUGUGGACCCGUGUGACAACUUCUACCAGUACGCCUGUGGAGGCUGGUUGAAGAAGAACAUCAUCCCAGAGACCAGCUCCCGGUACAGCACCUUCGACAUCCUACGAGACGAACUGGAGGUGGUCCUCAAAGGUGUUCUGGAGAGAAGCGUGGAGGGGGAGGCUAGCGCCCUCACUAAAGCCAAGACCCUCUACAAAUCCUGCACCAAUGAGAGUCAGAUUGAGAAAAGGGGCGGAGCUCCUUUACUAGACAUGCUCCCUAAUGUGUUUGAGUGGCCAAUAGCUACAGACCAAUGGGAGACUGUCUAUGGUGACACAUGGAAGUUGGAGGAUGCCAUUGCCAGACUAAACGAGAAAUACGGAACUCAAGUCUUGGUUAAUUUUUUUAUCGGCACUGAUGACAAAGAUUCCAAUUCACACGUCAUUCAUUUUGACCAGCAAACCAGCCUUGGUCUCUUAUCCAGAGAUUACUAUACCUGCACUGGGUCCUAUGCAGAGCCAUGUAGAGCGUAUGAACAGUUCAUGAUAGACGUGGCCAAGCUGAUCCGCACUGACCGCAGCCUGGUGGUCAACGAGACACAGAUCAGAGAGGAGGUCACCAGGGUCAUUGAGCUGGAGAAGGAGAUCGCCAACGCAACUGAUACUCCAGAAGACCGUAACAACCCAGUUCUCCUCUACAACAAGAUGGAGCUGAGUGUUCUCAAUGCUAACUUCAGCCUGGAGGUCGACACACAAGUGUUUGACUGGAGUUACUUCACCAGGAAGAUCAUGGGGACGGUUGGCAUCACUGUACCUGACACAGAGCGUGUCAUCAACUACGCACCUAACUACUACAGACGACUCCACCCUGUCCUAGCCAAGUACACUAAGAGAGACCUGCAGAACUACAUGGUGUGGCGUUUUGUCAUGAACAUGGUGGUGGGUCUGAGCAGGCAGUACAGGGACACCAGGAAAGCCUUCCGCAAGGCGCUAUACGGCACCACGUCAGAGGCGGCAGUGUGGCGGCAGUGUGCCAUAUACGUCAACAACAAUAUGGACAACGCUGUGGGAAGACUGUACGUGGAGGAGGCCUUCUCUGGGGAGAGCAAAGAACUGAUGGAAGAGAUGAUCUCUGUGAUCCGGGAGGUGUUCAUCAGUAACUUAGACCACCUGGGAUGGAUGGAUGCAGCGACCAAGAAGGCUGCUGAGGAGAAGGCACAAGCUAUCCGUGAGCGGAUUGGCUACUCCGACAACAUCAAGAAUGACACCUACCUGAACAACGAGUAUAAAAAUUUGAGCUACAGUGCAGAGGAGUACUUUGAGAACAUCCUUCAGAACCUGGAGUAUGUUCAGAAGAAACGUCUGAGGAAGCUACGGGUCAAAGUCAACAAAGAAGAAUGGGUAACAGGAGCAGCCAUUGUCAACGCCUUCUACUCCUCAAGCAAAAACCAAAUAGUGUUUCCAGCAGGCAUCCUACAGCCUCCGUUCUUCGGUAAGGGCCAGACCAAGUCUCUGAACUUUGGCGGUAUUGGCAUGGUGAUCGGACAUGAGAUCACUCACGGGUUCGAUGACAACGGUCGUAACUAUGAUAAAGAUGGUGACCUGAAGGACUGGUGGACGCCAAGCUCCACCCAGAACUUUGUUGAGCUGUCGAAGUGCAUGGUGGACCAGUAUGGAAGAUUCUCCUGGGACCUGGCCAACGGACUGAACCUCAAUGGGAAUAACACUCUGGGAGAGAACAUUGCAGACAAUGGCGGGAUUCGCCAGUCAUACCAGGCCUACCAGAAUUAUGUGAAGAAGAAUGGGAACGAGCCUCUCCUGCCUGGAAUAGACCUCAACCAUCAACAACUCUUCUUUGUCAACUUCGCCCAGGUUUGGUGUGGAACACAUAGGCCAGAACAAGCUGUCAACUCCAUCAAAGUAGAUGUACACAGUCCAGGGAAGUUCAGGGUCCUGGGGUCCCUCCAGAACUUCCCAGAGUUUGCCAAGGCCUUCAACUGUCCCAGGAACAGCUACAUGGUGCCUGACAAGACUUGCCAAGUCUGGUGAUACUGUAGUCCUGACGCUCGCCUGCCCUGAGGCUGGUAGGGGGUGAGAGUUGGGCUUGUGUCCUUUCCCCCUCACCACCUAAUUUCCCUUCUGACUGUUAGAGCGCUAGUCUGGGACAGGGGGGUAUGGUCGAUGUUCCCCAGUUCACUGCAGGGUGGGACCAGGACUGCUGCUACACUGACCAAACAGCUUCAAGAGACUGCAGAGUGCUGUUCCUAUCCAGCUCCCAGGCUCUUCACCCAAUCACCCAGGUCACCGCUUUCCACCGGAUACAGUCACGCCAAAUCACUAUAUAUAUUUUUUGUUGUUGUUGUUUGAAAAUGUACUUUUCAAUGAUUGUUUUUUUCCCUUUGCAUCUCUAUCAUGAUUCAUUAUUGGUAUUUUUUUGAGAGAGACUAAUUUGAGCAAUUUGAACCACAGGCAAAUAUACACUUAUUCUAAACUAUCACUCUGUUUGUCCAAAAUGUUAUUUGUUUUACACUAUAUAUAAACAAAAAUGUAUACUGUAUAUCAAUACGUUCUAGAUGAAUAUACAUUGACAGUAAUCAAUAGUAAUCAGUUACAAUAGGGGGAUUAUUUUUUAUUGUAUAUUUAAGAAAAUAACUUUUUAUUUGACUGAAUAUACACCAAUGACUAUAAUUAUAAUUGCGUAAAUGUUUUGUAUGUAAGGUAAAUGUAGUUUGAAAAUGGGUGCCAACUGUUUAUGUCUACAAGCAUUAAACCAAAAUGAAGUUGUUGCCUUGGAAUCAGUUGGGCAACCUAUCUGGUCAGGAAUUGACAUAUACCAAACAUAUUCAUCUUUGUCUUUUACAGAAAGAAUGUGGCCUUUAUUCAAACUGCACCAUGUGUUCAGCAGAAGAGGCUGGUUGGAGGAGCUAUAGGAGGACGGGCUCAUUGUAAUGGCUGGAAUGGAAUUAAU